AGGGUGCAGAUGCAUACCCUGCACCUCCCGUGGACACGCCUAUGAUAAAGAACUAAUAUAAAUAAUAAUAAUAACUAUUAUAAAAUUCUUUAUAUUCGUGGUCUAAACACUCUCAACUGAGUGUUAAAUGCUGCUAUCUAGUGGUUAUUUCGAACCCGAAUAACUUCCCGCUGAUUCACUUAAUCGCCAAACGCUUUACAAGUCGCGUGAUCGGCGCGGAUUAUCGGUCGGGCAGCCAUCCCCACCUUCACCGCGGCCGCGCAAUGUCCAUUGUCUCCGGACUCGUCACGGCUGUCACCUCGCGCCGUGCUUUUUUGUCUUUUUUCUACGGUCGAGCCGGAUAGGUGUCCGUCUCGUGCCGCCCGCCAGCCGCCAGGUGACUAAAAACCUCGUGGUUUUGUUUGGAUUUUUAAGCCUUUGGCUAUAUUCGCCGUGCUUGCUGCAUUGUUGUGCUCGUCACAGUCUCCGCCGGACGUCGGUAUCGUUUUCGCGCGUGUGUGCCCUUUGCGCCGCUAUUACACAACCUCGUGUUUGGACAUCAAUUCGCGUUAUCGCCGUGUGCGGCCGUUUUAUUGAACCACCGGCUCCAGGUAUAGAUAUACCUUUAUAUCCACUCCACGUAAUACGUGUCCCGUGUGCCGCCAUCCAUCGUCAGCGAAACUUGAGUAGACGGACAACACCAACGAGCGCCGCUCCCAGGCCAGUAGCUUUUUUCCUUUAUUUUAUAUAUGCCUACCGAGUAUUAUUUUCACUCCGGUGAUGCUGUAUAAUUUAUUUAUUAAUCAAAUACAUAUUAUAUAAGUAUUGUUUGUAUAUAUUAUUAUUUUAUUAGGGGCGCCCUUUAGUUAGGUCCAUACGGACACUGUUUGGUUGCGGUACAAAUGAUUCCGCUGUGGGUGCCCUGCUCUUGUCAGUUGGCAACACUGUCAGCCGGCAACAAAACAUCCAUCGCGCUACGCAUUUCCGUGUGACACACUGUCGUGUUCUCGGAAGACAUUUUUCUUUUAUUAUUACGUUUUUCACGACGUCAACAACACGUUGUUCUUGGCGCGUUAGUCGUCUAGUUGUUUUCUUUGUUUUUCGUUUCCGAAAUCCAAUGUGCGUGUGCGCCCUUCGUCGCCACCAAAUUUCAUAGGAGGUAUCGGCCCGUUGUAGCUCCUCGAUAGCGUAUUUCGUAACCUCGCGUGUGCGCCCUCGUCGCCUCCGAAAUCCGCGAACGCGUUACGUGCCGUUCCAUGUGUGCGCCCUCGCCGCCAUCAUCAUACCAGCAUUUUCAACCGUGGUGUCAUCCCAUAUUGCCAUCAGCUGCUGUUCAUCACUAUGCGAGCCACAUCCGGGAUUUCCAUAACUUCCUAUUCAGACUAGAAAGGAGCAUCAGACUCUCAGCGGAAGAUAUCCUACUCGCGGGGGACUUAAACGCGAAACAUUCCGACUGGGGAUCCCAGGUAAACGAUCCCAGAGGUGAAGCGCUAUCGGACAUGAUCCAUGCACUUGGCCUUCUUGUAUGCAAUAUUGGCAACAAUCCUACUUUUAAGUCCGGCUCCAUCAUCGAAGUCACCUUGUCUUCCCCUGGUGUGGUAGACAGAGUUAGUGAUUGGUGCGUCUUGGACGUGGAAUCUCUGAGCGACCAUUUUUAUAUACAAUACAACAUCCACACGGAUGAAGCUCUCUUCUCCAACAUCGCUCCACUCAAGUGCAAAUGGAAGUUCAACUAUAAAAAACUGGACGAAGCACUCUCCUUGGAGCAACUGUGCGUCGCCCCAAACAUCAUGGGUGUCGAAGAUGAUGCCUGGUUCCUGACUUUAAAGAUCCACGAGGCCAGCAUGACCAAAUCAGUUGUCGGAAGUGGAAGAAAAUCUGUAUACGGGUGGUCAUCUGAAAUCACUAACUGGCGUGUUCAACAAAUGUAUUAAUGAGAGACACUUCACGAUCGCCUGGAAGAGAGCGCGACUCAUCCUGCUCAGGAAAGGGGACAAACCUCUACAAGACCCCUCAUCCUACCGACCAUUCUGCCUACUGGACAGCGCAGCCAAGCUGCUUGAAAAGAUC